UCUGCAGAAUUACACAGACGAGAUUCAGUGUGUUUGAUAAAAAUGCACUCUGAUGCAGCUAAUUUCUGGAAUGAUACAAAAUACAUUGAUUAGUUUUAGGGAUAUUCAGCUGAACUCUCACCUGUCUACUCUGGCAAACAUUCACAAGAUUUACCAUACACUCAACAGGCUGAAUCUGACAGAAGACGUUAGCCAAGACAAUCACCAGACAGGGAGCCUUCGGUCUUGCAGUUCCUCAGACUGCUAUUCUAAAACAAUGCCACCUAGAAAAAAGAGGAGACCUACAACAGGAGACGACUUAUCUGCCAAAAAAAGUAGACACGAUAGCAUGUGCAGAAAACAUGAAGCAUCUAGGAUCAAAACUGAAGAAGUUUUCUCAAGUAAAAGAUGUUUGGAGUGGUUUUAUGAAUAUGCAGGUAGCGAUGAUAUUGUAGGUCCUGAAGGCAUGGAAAAGUUUUGUGAAGAUAUUGGAGUUGAACCUGAAAAUGUUGUGAUGCUUGUUCUAGCCUGGAAGCUGGAUGCACAGAACAUGGGUUACUUCACCUUGCAAGAAUGGCUAAAAGGAAUGGGUGCAUUGCAGUGUGAUACGACAGAGAAGUUAAGAAAUUCCCUGGAGUACUUGAGAUCUGUACUGAAUGAGUCAACACAUUUUAAACUUAUUUACAGAUAUGCGUUUGACUUUGCAAGGGAGAAGGACCAAAGGAGCUUAGACAUUAACACUGCCAAAUGCAUGCUGGGUCUUCUGUUGGGAAAAACAUGGCCUCUCUUUCCUGUGUUCAAUCAAUUUUUAGAGCAAUCAAAAUAUAAAGUGAUAAACAAGGACCAGUGGUGCAAUGUGUUGGAGUUUAGUAGAACCAUAAACCUUGACCUUAGUAACUAUGAUGAAGAUGGGGCCUGGCCAGUCUUGCUGGAUGAAUUUGUGGAAUGGUAUAAAGACAGACAGUCCUAGCACUUAAAAUAUGGCAGCUCAAGAGCCCCUGUUACCACAGCUGUGUCUACCAUUCAGUUAUUGAUUACUGUUCGUGUCAAAGUGCAUGCUGCUUCUUUGCACUGGUUUCCAUUUGCAGGGAACAUUGAUGUUCACCAUGCAGCAGGCCAGCUAAGCUUAGUGUGGCAUUGUUCCUUGAAGCCUGUUCUACAUUUUGUAAUUACACUACGAGAUGUUGGAACUGCCAACGUUCACACUGUGAUGUGUAUAUCGCCAUCUGUAUUUUGUAAAUGUGUAUAAAGAUACUUCAUAUCUAGAUAGAUUUUUUUUUUGCUUAAUACUUGGUCUUUCUGUUUAACUUGGGAUCUUCUACCAGGGCACAUUGUCAAAACAGGUUAACUCUAUAGACACUCAGCGGCUGGGAUUAGAGCGUUGGUUACAACUCAGUCCCAUACAAACAAAACACUCUUCACCGGCCUCCUGACCAAAACUUACAGUAACAACCAUUGCAUUUAAAAAAAAAAAAAUUGUUUCUUUUUAGUUUUAAAUCAUAAUACCCUCAAACAUUGUAUAUUGAUGUCAAGGAGAUGACCUCAACAAACUUAAUAUGCUAUAUUUUACUAGGAACCUCUCGACACGCUUCAAAAUAAAGUUGUUCCAACAGAAAAAAGGUGAUAACAUAACUAAAAUGAUAAACAUUACUUGUGAAGCAACAAUUCAAAAUUUUACGAAACACGUUUAGUUUUAACUGAAAAAAUACUGUACCUACAUUUCAAGUAUUAAUUGAAUUCGGAGGUGUUUUACUAGGUGAAGAAUGCAAUAUUCUUUAAAUACAGGGAUAGUGCGUGGCACUGCUUCAGAUACGUUAUAAAUCCCAAAUCUUUAUGCAUACUAAAGAGUAAUCGAGCCACUCAAUCCAAAAUUUUUUCAUAACUAAAGAAACGUUUGGACAUUUGUCUUCUUCGAUGUUGUGUAAUAUUUUAUGUAACAUUAGUGCUUCUAAAAUAAUUAAAGUAGUCCAGUUAUAUGCAAUAUUACAUUAUUUUGCAUAAUUUGUAGCAUGUUCGCCCCCCCUGGGAACUCCCAUCCACUGUUGGCAGUGGAAUAGUCAAGACUAGAAACGGUUACCUCAAGGUUAUAGGGCGCAUCCUGCACUCCACGCAGAGUGCCUUUACUGGAUGCGCCACCAAGCUGUGGUUGCCAAAGUAAUGCCUUCAUAAAAGGACCCUAGCGUGGUUAGUUGGUUUGGUAACAUGCAGCUCUGAGGUGCUCAAGGUAUGUGCUUCAUGCAGCAGUGCGGAAGCACUGCAUUGUUCCAGCUUUCUGGCAUUGUGCUUUCGCUGCUGGUGAAAGCGAGUUGUGACUUUUAAAUAAUGUCACUAGCACUUCUGUGGCCUUUAAUGUAUUUAAUAUGCUUAACUGUGCUUAAAUGUGUUUUUCAGUUUAAAUAAAAAGAAUAUGCAAAAUGUUUUUUUAGCCUUUGAGAAUUAUUGGUGAGGCCAUGCCUCACUUGCCUCGGCUGAUGAGCCUGCUCUGAUCAGCUGCAUGAUUGUGUCGUCCUACAAAUCUUCAAAGGAACAAGCCCUUGAAUUGUGAGGAUUGUGGUCUUGGCAGUUCCCCUCAAUAAUUUAGGCAUUAAAUGCAUUGCGCACUUCAAUAAUUUUUUUUCUGUUCUAUUUUUGAUGUCGUCUGCCGUGAUUCAGCUUUGUGCAGUGGUUGUUGAUAUCCAUGCCGUUCAUAUGCCUGGUACGGUCAGGUGUAAAAUCAGUCGCUGUACAGCUGGUAAAACUUGCCAAAAUAGGGUUCAGUCAUAAAUAAACACCCCCAGUUUUUCCCACAAGACUGGAAUGCUGUCUCGGCCCCAGUGUAAAUCUCAAAAUUUAAAAUGUACCCCAUGUUUGAGUCACAAAGCUGAAAAGAUUUGACCCCAAACUUCACAGGCUUAUCUUUCAUAUACUGUUUGAACCUGAAUCGAUUUUGUUGUUGGAAUCAUUUCCUCAUCAAUUGAUAAAUUUGAUCGAUGUUCCUGUUUGUAUUUAUUACUAAGGUUAUCCAAGUGUUGUCAAAGAUAAAAAUAUUUAUUACCUAGUCAGAUGAACUCAACACACAGAGUGAACUUCCAGUCUCCAUGUUGCUUUGGUCAGGACAACAACUCUUUCCCAGAGAUCCUUAAAUAAUCCUUGUUGGCGCCAGAAUAUUGUCCCCCCUUCAUAGAACCCCGCACCCAUUUAGUAACACUGUCCAGUUUUCUGCUGCAUAGCUUGGAUACGGUCUCAUUGUAUAGUUUUGCUCUUGCACUAUUUUCAUGAAUCCUUUUAUUUUGUUGUUUUUUGCCCUGAAGUUAAAAAAAAAAAAAAAAAAAAAAGAAGUAUAUACUCUGGUUUUCACUUUGUAGCAUUAGCUAGUUAUUCACUUUUGUUUUUCAUAUUUAUUUGCACAUGGCCUCUGUCUGUUCUCGGUGUGGGUCACCCCUCUCAGUCUUGUGGUAGAGAUUUGUGUUUUAUGUGUGUCGACAUGUCCAGCACAGUGACACAAGGUGGUGGGACUCAGUCACCUCUUAUACCUCGUUCUAAGUCGCGUGGUCCGUCUAAAAGACCGAACAGUUCUAGACCCCGGAACACCAGCAUGUCUCCUCUGAGAAAAAGGUCUAACAAAUCCUCUCAUUCUCACAACAGUAGAGAGAAAGUGGUACCAACCAAAACACUGGCAACCAUUGCUGAAACUUGCACAGUGACCGCGCAGCCGACUCCUGCACAGGUGAUGAUGGCCUUUGUCGCAAAGGAUAUAUUUUUUUCAAUGGAUGCAGGAAUUUGAAAAGCCAAGACAGGCUAUGAAUCCACAGCGGGCCUCGGCCGAGGCUUCUGGGACUACAAUACAAGAAGGUUUUUAUUCUCCAGAAAAAAAAAGUUUUGAAGACAAUGUCAUGGACUCCGCCCCUGAUGUGAUGAUGUUCCAGUGGUUGGUAAAGGUAUUGCACCAGUUUAUACUAAUGCAGAAGCAGUAUUAAGAAAGAUUUUAUCCUCUCAGUGUAAUUACCCAAACUUCUAAGGAGGAGGAGGAGGAGGAGGAGGAUGAUGAUGAUGCUCAUCGAGGAUAAUAAAGCCUUUGAAGGGUUACCCUUCCAUGAGGCAGCCUGGAGGCCCAUUGAGGCUUUAUAGCAGAAACCUGAUGAUACUGCACUACAUCUCCCAAAGGCAGAUACAUUUUACAGAGUUCCUUUGAACCAUAGCAGCCUAAAUUGGAUACCAUCAUGGCUGUUCCAGCUGCUGGUACGUCCUCUAAAGUUUCUGUUCCUGAUCGGGCAGACAAAAAGAUUGAUACCUUUUUAAAGGACUAUUCUGCCUCUACUUGCAGCGUGUGCAUUAAUAAUUACCAAUUUAUAACGCAGCUUGUCGGGCCCUAUGAAAUCUGUUUUAUUAUUUUGAAUUUUCAGAUUUAUUUUUUUCUAUUUCAGAUUUUGCGGUUUAAAAAGUCUGUAAUUUGCUAAUUUGUUUUGACAGCAAUGAUGAAGCUAGAAAUGCGUGACAAAAAAAACACCCUUUCUAAACAGUUUUAAUCAAAGUGCUUUCAGAAGAAAAGGUACAAAUUG